CCCCCGAGAACCGGUGAGAAACUAUGUACUUGAUUCUAAACAGUUGGACGUGUCGUUGGAAGUUUUCGCUGUAGUACAUUUUUUUUUUCUUGUAUUUUUUUUAAACCUUUUCAACUCCCGCAAUAUUUUUGUAUUUACGUGAGCCGAGAUGCACCGAACGCCUGAUAGAUUAAUUCUAACACUGGAUGUGAUAGAUUGACUUUUUUUUUUUUACCCGGAAGUGAUAGAUUGGUGCAUUCCCCUGAAUGCUCUUCUGUUGGGUAAAGCCGAUAGAUUUUUUUUUUUUUUGGUCGGGCAGAGUUGACAUUUAUCCGUAUAUUUUGAUUGGUCAGAUCGGGCCUGCUGAUCCGUAAACCUGUGGACAUAUCUUGGCGCGAACACUCGUCUGCUAGGAUAAUUUGACAUCACGUUUUAGACGUCAGAGUCUUCAGUUAUGUUGUGACGUUUCAAGCUUCUGCUACCCAGACUCUGACGUGUGCCUGAGUCGUCAUGGCAUCAAUCACGUCGGCGGCUCUGACGUCGUCGGCAGUGAUUCCCGCGGCUGCGGGUCUCCUGACCAGCCCGUCAACGCUUCUGCGGGAUAUCGAUGCAGACGUGCGGGAGUUCUGGUCCAGCUUUCCAUGCCCACCCCCUUGGCGACCGCGGCUGCUCAUCGAGGUCAACUCGACCCGUUUGGACCCGAGCGUCAGCCGGACCGUCCAGACCUUUUUGGCGGGCAAGUGCGAGAUCAGGCACAUACUGUUCCCUUCAGACCUACAGGGGGGAGAAGAGGACGGCGCCGCCAACAACCGCUACAGCCCGCACCCUCGACGGACGGAGGCUCCAGAUCUGGGGUCAUCCCUGAGCGACCUCACCGAGGCUCGCCACUCGUGGUGUGACACUCCUUGUCAGCUGUCCAUCGGCUGUGCCUUGUUUUUUGUGGUUGUGGUCAUGAUGGUGGCGGUACUGGUCUGCGUGACAAAACAUCGUGUGAGACACAAAAUGGCGGCUGCUCGUCCUUCCCGCCAACAGUUACAACUGAGCACAUCAACAAGCGAUGCUGUCAACUGUGCUGAUUUUACUAAUCUAGAGGUACAAGGAGACGAUGACAUCAUUUACCCGCCCUUCCGGCAUAGAGGUCUGCCCAUACCACCCGUGCCAUGCCACCCUUCGUGCGACCCCAAAUGGAACUGUCCUUCCUGCGCGUCACGCCACCCUCUGAUGAGAAUGAGCCCUUCCUCCCACUGCUACUCAAGGGCCUACUCGGCCGUCUACGAGACCAUUGAUGACGAGGACGAGGAUGACGACCCGAGGCGGACGGACGACGGGAAGCCAAGGGUGAGAACUCCGUCAAAAUCAAACAGUCGAGAGUCCUGCCACAGUUGCUCCCCUUGCCAGACGUCGCCGACAAGCAUCAGCACCGUGCAGAUAAGGCCUCGAGCCUUCGACGAGGGGAGAAACGGGAAUCAGAUGGCCGAGACGGGAUUUAACGGGGACGAUGCGCAGAAUCGCUUCGGCAUCUCGUUUUUGACUAAUUACUUUGAACUCGAACAUACCUGUGCCUUGUCAGCUGGUGCCAGCAAUGGUGUGUCACGUGAUCAGGCUUGCUUGCAAUCGUUUCAUCCAACUGACACUUCGGAGAACGUAGGCGAGCUUUAUCAGAGGAAUGACCAGGUGCAACUUUUCUCCCACGCGACGACGCCAUUUCCUAAAGGGGCUCCUCCCUCGGCUCAGCAGUUUUAUCCUCCACAGCCUAACGCACACCUUGCCACAAACGAUCUAUUUCCGCCUAUGCCUCAGCAAGUGAAUACGUUACCUCGUCAUCGGGGGCAAGACGCCCUGUGUCCUCGGGGGCAAGAGGCUAACAAGCUCCAAGAGCUACGAUCCCCUUCGUCUCACCAUACACAUUCCAGAAAUUUGACCUCUGAGGUCAACAAGUGCACCACCUUCUUACCCCCGCAUUCCCCAGCUAGCUCUGGCAACGCCAAGGGCUCUUCCCACCCCCAGGGUAACACCGUCUGCCCCAUGUCCAGCUUCGAGCCCAUCCUCUUGCCUACAAACUUCUACUGCAACAGCUGCAGGCUUGACGGUAUCCCUGACUUUGAAGGCUUCCCCCCUCGCCAGAGGCAUUUUCUGGCCUCAGGAUCGCACCAAGGCGCGGGCGUCAUCGGUCCAGACUUGCUGAAGGAAGCAUCCAAUCAAAUUAAACAAGACUUGUCCAAACCUACCAAGCGCCCCGAGACCAAUGACGACAACAACGAGGUCCCAUUGAGGAAACCGGUCCUGGCACUACAUUCCCAGUACUUCACUAAAACCUCUGCAGCUUGAUGACUGCUGCUCUUGUGCUUUGCUAGUCUGAUACACCGCUGAUGCUUUUUGAUGAUUGUAAUGUCAUGUUUGUUUUUCAUGUUCCGGAUGUUCCUUCAAAGAUAAUCUAGAUCCUAGCUCACGCCUCUCGCAGGACGACGGGGUAUGGCAGCGGGCAGGGUAUGAACCCGGGACCGUUAAAACGAUUGAACGACAGUCCAGCGCGCAUACCGCACGACCAGGCAGCCAUCUAAAUGGAACUGGUUAGCCUAACACUAUGUACUUUUUGUAAUGGGUUCAAAGCUAACACAAGGUCAUACCCACUGAGUCAAUAAUCUAGAACCUUCUUAGUUAUAUUUAGGACGGAAUCUCUUGACGUUUUGGGGUAAAGAAUUUUGAAGUUUUGACUGGUCCAGUAAACAACUUCAUCUAUAAAAGGAGAUCCAGAUUUGGCGCUACAGACCAUACAUUAUGCUUGGUUUCUUAAAUAAACUUUGUUAUUUCUUAAAUAGGAGCAUCUUGAUAUAAGUUCACUGGUCAAGCAGAUGAUUCUAGGUAAUACUUUGAUCGUUGAUGACCAGUCAUUUCCAAUGAAUUUCGGCCUAAAAUCCGAUUUUUUUCCCUUGUCGCCCUUCCAACUCUUCGUUUUAGUAGACGCCCAAAUGCCCGCUAUGGGGUCAGUAUUGACAAUAACGAACCAAUGUUUAAAUUGAUAACAAUAAUCUAAUUUUCUACAAUGGUUAGGCUUGUAUGAUAUUACAUCCGAGUCUAGACUAGCUCAUGUAUUUUUUAAAGAAAAACAAAAAGCUCGCCCAGACAAUCAUCCAACUAUCCGACCAUGUAUAAAGACAAGAAAAAAAAAUAUUUAUAUAUUUUACAAAUUUGAUAUGAAGAAAAAGAAAAAUACUAGAAAAAACUCUGCCUAUAAAGCGACAUUAUUAUAAACACUUUUUUUUUUCAAUGUGAUGAGAUGUACAGAAAUAAACUGCCAUUUAUAUUUUGAAAAUAAAAAAUCAAUAAAUGGA